AUGGACGAUGAAACGGGUAUUAUUAUAGGGCCAAAUGUUGUUGGCUCGAGAGCCAUCCCAAUAGAAACCACAAACUCGAAGAACAUCAACAACAACAACAACGAAAACAACUCGAGCAUUUACACUAUUAACAAAGAACAAGAUCGGUUUCUUCCUAUAGCCAACGUUGGUCGUAUAAUGAAAAAGGUCAUCCCCGGAAAUGGAAAGAUCUCGAAAGAUGCUAAAGAAACGGUUCAAGAAUGUGUAUCCGAGUUCAUAAGUUUUGUUACGGGAGAAGCUUCUGAUAAAUGUCAACGUGAGAAGAGAAAAACAAUUAAUGGAGACGAUAUUAUUUGGGCUCUUACUACAUUAGGUUUUGAAAAUUAUCUUACUCCCUUGAAACAUUAUUUGGUUAAGUAUAGAGAACUCGAAGGGGAGAAACUACACGUUCCGAAACAACAAAGAACCGAUCAACAAAGAGGAAUACAAUUACACGAUGAACAACAAUCGCAACAACAACAUGUAAGUUAUAACGGUGGUAUGUACCCGCAAACUACGUCGGGUUAUGUCUCGCAAUCUUCGUCUUUUAUGGGGACGGAACAAACAUUUCCUAUGUCGUAUCCUUCUAGUUCUGUCCAACAACAAAUAUUGCAUCAUCCACCCGACCAAGAUGUUGAUUCAUUGGGACACUGGUAAACAUUGAUUAAAUUAUUAAUU